AUGAUGACCAUGAACGGCAAGCAGCACUUCUCCAUGCACCCGGCUCUGCACGAGCCCAAGUAUCCCGGCCUGCACUCAGGCUCGGAGGGCAUGCGCAGAGUCUGUCUGCCCGCCCCACAGCUGCAGGGCAAUAUAUUCGGAGGCUUUGAUGAGAGCCUGCUGGCACGGGCAGAGGCUCUGGCGGCUGCUGACAGCAUUGUCUCUCACGGCAAGAGUCACCCGUUCAAACCAGACGUGACUUACCAUACCAUGAGCAGUGUCCCCUGCACCUCAGCUUCCUCUUCUUCCUCUACUACCGUGCCCAUCUCCCACGUUCCUUCCACCAUCGCCUCUCAUCACCACCACCACCACCUCGGACAGACCCUGGAGGCCGGAGACCUCCUGGACCACCUCUCCACCAGCCUGGCUGUGACCGGGAUGGGUGCCCCAGAGCCUCCAGGGAUGACCACGCCGGCGCACCACCACCAGCACCCUCAUCACCACCUGCAGACUAUGGGGCAGCUGCAGCAGGCGAUGGCCACUAUGGCCCACCCUCACUCCCUGUCCGUGCACGGCGGUAUGGCUUGCGUCAACGACGUAGAGUCGGAUCCCAGGGAGCUGGAAGCCUUCGCCGAGCGGUUCAAACAGAGGAGGAUCAAACUCGGGGUGACCCAGGCGGACGUCGGGUCAGCUCUGGCCAACCUCAAGAUCCCAGGAGUGGGGUCUUUGAGCCAGAGCACCAUCUGCAGGUUCGAGUCCCUCACCUUGUCCCACAACAACAUGAUCGCGCUCAAGCCGGUUCUCCAGGCCUGGCUGGAGGAAGCCGAGGCUGCCUACCGGGAGAAAAGCAGCAAGCCGGACCUUUUCAACGGGAACGAGAGGAAAAGAAAGCGCACGUCCAUCGCCGCGCCGGAGAAGCGCUCUUUGGAAGCGUACUUUGCCAUUCAGCCCCGACCCUCCUCGGAAAAAAUUGCGGCGAUCGCCGAAAAACUGGACCUGAAAAAGAACGUGGUUCGAGUGUGGUUUUGCAACCAGCGGCAAAAACAGAAACGAAUGAAAUACUCUGCGGUGCACUGAGUUUCACAGAUCAUGAAUAAAAUAGCCUACUACAUUUUUGAUCGAGUGAUUAAUAAUAGCCUAAGUAACCUAACUAACAGGGAUUUUGCAACGUGUCUCAUUUUGGAUUGUCCCCAGAAAGACUUUUACUUCAUCCCCCCCCUCCCCAUUUCGUGUCACGCACUCUUCAUUGUUGCACUUUUUCGAUUUUGUUAUUAAUACGGGACUGAUAAAUGUGUUAUAGAUCUGUAAGGAGGAUGACUUUGAUGUUGUUUGUCUUGUAUCUUGCACACUCUAAAUGUGGAUUUUUAGGAAAUUCACCCUGACAAUUUGUCACAUUCAGGGAUUAUUAACUCACUUUUUAUAAACCAUUACUUGGA